AUGACUUCCCUAUUCCGCUCAGAGGAGAUGUCUCUCGUUCAGAUGUACAUUCCCUCUGAAGUAGCUCAUUCAUGCAUAGCAGAACUAGGAGAGCUUGCAAUGGUCCAGUUUAUCGAUCUUAAUCCAGAUCUGAAUCCAUUUCAAAGGCAUUACGUAGCUCAAAUCAGAAGACUCGAUGCCAUGGAGCGCCAAUGUCGUUUCCUUCAGACACAAAUCGAACAUGCCGGCAUCACUAUCCAAACCCUUAAAAACCCAGAAUCUACACGUGCACGUUCUGCCCAGCAAGUCGAUGACCUUGAAGAAACCCUCGGACGUCAUGAGAGUCGGAUGGUGGAGAUGAAUGUUUCGUACGAGUCUCUCCAACACCGCUUCCUGCAACUCACCGAACUCCGUCAUGUCUUGGAGUCGAAGGAUAGACGCCAUGCUGUAGAUACCCUCGACGACACUGCGCCUUUGCUAAACAGCACAUCAGACAUUUCAUUGUUGGAUAUGAGCUCGAUUUAUCCAGGGCACGUGACUGGCGUAAUUGAACGCUCUAAAGUAGCAACAUUUGAACGUGUCUUGUGGCGUUCGCUGCGUGGCAAUUUGCUGAUGUAUUCGGUCGAAAUAGACGACGACCCGUCGAAUGAGAGAUCGACCGAGAAAAACGUGUUUGCAAUUUUUGCGCAUGGCUUGCAAGUUGUCAAUAAAAUCAGGAAAAUAUCCGAAGGUCUGGGUGGAACUUUGUACGAUGUUGCCGAUGAACCUGACAAGCGCAGAGACACAAUUAUCGAUGUUGUCUCUCGCCUUGAAGAUCUUUCUACUGUUCUUGUCAACACAGAGAACGCACGCCAAAGUGAACUCGUCAAGAUCGCUAAACAACUUGCUGCGUGGACAACAAUGGUGCGCAAAGAAAAGGCGACUUUUCAUAUCAUGAAUCUUUUAAGUUAUGACCCAGAUCGAAAAUGCAUGAUAGCCGAGGGAUGGUGUCCAACCAGUUAUAUCCAUAUAAUUAAAACAUCACUUCGUGAGACUGUCGCAGCCUCUGGUACAAAUUUAUCCUCAAUUCUUACUCCAAUAUCUACUCAUGCAGCACCACCAACAUACCAUCGCACCAAUCGCCUCACUUCGGGAUUCCAGUCAAUUAUCGAUGCAUAUGGCAUUGCACGUUAUCGUGAGGUCAACCCUGGGUUAUUUACCAUUGUUACCUUCCCAUUUUUGUUUGCAGUCAUGUUCGGGGAUAUCGGACAUGGUUUCUUGUUGUUUCUAUUUGCCCUAUACCUUGUGCUAAACGAAAAGAGGUUGUCAUCCAACAAAGGCGAAAUAUUCUCUAUGUUCUUUAGUGGUCGUUAUAUGAUGUUGAUGAUGGGCAUUUUCUCCAUAUUUACUGGUAUUAUCUACAACGAUAUAUUUUCUCUUUCGCUUUCUCUCGGAAAGUCUGGGUUUGACUGGCCCAGACACAACGGUACUGGACCUAUCGAGGCUCACACAAAUGGACAUGUCUAUUCUUUUGGAUUUGAUCCUGCCUGGCAUGGAUCAGAAAAUUUCUUACUGUUUUCAAAUUCAUACAAGAUGAAACAGGCUAUUAUUAUUGGUGUCUUUCAUAUGUCAUUUGCCAUUUGUCUCAAUGUGUUCAACCACAUUUACUUUGGAAAAAAAGAGUUUGUGUGGCUGGAAUUCCUGCCUCAAAUCCUGUUCAUGGAAUCUAUCUUUGGAUAUCUUGUGUUCUGUAUCAUAUACAAAUGGAGUGUGAACUGGUGGGAAGUUGGUCAAGACGGCCAGCUUCUCCGAAAUGCUCCACCAAAUCUAUUAAAUAUGUUGAUCUACAUGUUUUUGACACCAGGAACAGUUGAUCCAAAAGAGCAAUUGUUUCCAGGACAGGGCCCUCUUCAAGCAGUGCUGAUUGUGAUUGCGUUGAUAUGUGUACCCUGGAUGUGGUUUGCGAAACCAUUUUAUCUCAAAAAGCAGCACGAAAAUCACAGAUACAGAACGGUGGCUAAUGAUGAGGACGACCAUAAUUCAGCCGAGUUUGAUCAUGACAUGACUGCAGAGACUGAAGAAGAGUUCGAAUUUAGUGAGAUGAUGAUUCAUCAAACUAUUCACACCAUCGAAUUCUGCCUUAACUGCAUAUCCAACACUGCGUCAUAUCUUCGCCUUUGGGCUUUAUCUUUGGCUCAUGCCCAAUUAUCGAGUGUGUUGUGGGACAUGACACUCAAGAUCUGGUUUAAUCUGACGGGGUUCCCAGCCGUGGCUGGCUUGGUGAUUGGUUUCUCAAUGUGGUUUGUUUUGACAGUUGGUAUUUUACUUGGCAUGGAAGGUUUAUCAGCAUUUCUCCACGCCCUUCGUCUGCAUUGGGUCGAGUUUGAUGGUAAAUUUUACAUGGGAGAUGGCUACAUAUUUGAGCCAUUCUCGUUUAAAGCCCUAGUAGACAGUGAAGAAUAA